UUGCAUCUUCGUCGCUUCGAGAUUAAUCCAUUCCCGAGCACCCAUCUGCCACUGAUCUUUUGAUUCAAGACUCAACCGUUAAGACCGAAUCCCUCGGCGGCCUAGCUUCCUUCAUAUCCACCAUCUUCAACGAAAUGUCAAUCCCUUGCAUGUUGGUCUCAAAGGUCGGCGAUGAUUUCUGGUACCCGGUUAAUCACCCUCUCAUCGUCUCCCCGGGCACCAAAACCAUCGUCUUCCACGCCUGCUUCGAUUCGGGUCUAUCGGGGAGUGGGCGUCCCAACCGGGUGUUGAAAAGGAUUUGUUCGUGGGACACGAUUCUCCCGGCGAUUGGGGUUGCCGGAGAGAAGAUGAUC